AUGUCUCUAACUUCUUCAAAGCGCGUCGCGCCCGUCUUCUCUCCCAUUAACGAAACUCACGUCAUCCUCUUUCUAGUCGCAUUCCGCCUGCUAAAUUCGGUCGUUGUUCGAACGUUUUUCCAGCCGGAUGAAUUCUUCCAGUCAUUGGAGCCCGCUUGGUUUACUGCGUUUGGACAAGAUCAGGGCACUUGGAUAACCUGGGAAUGGAAAAAUCACCUUCGUUCCUCCUUGCACCCUCUCCUCUUUGCCGCCAUCUACAAAGUCGGUGAUUUCGUCGCGUCUAUCCUCCAGCUCUCGCCUGCGACACGCGCAAACCUUCUCAUCCAGGCACCCAAAACCGCGCAGGCUAUUGUGGCGGCAGUCGGAGAUUUCUACACUUGGAAACUUGCAACCCAGAUAUAUGGCGAGGACUCACGCGGUUCUUGGGCGACGUUAGUUGCCACGACCCUUAGCCCAUGGCAAUGGUUCUGUUCCACGCGAACGCUGUCGAACUGCCUCGAGACCACGAUUACAAUUGUCGCAUUGGAGCUCUGGCCUUGGAAAUGGUCAGUCACUUCGGCUGACAACGGCCGCAGCGACCACGCACUCCUAUUGAGUUUCCGCAAAUGCCUAGUGCUUGCCGCAUUUGCAUGUAUCCUCCGACCUACGAAUAUUUUGAUUUGGUUGACCCUGGCCAGCUUUACGUUGUAUCAGACCACUUGGGGCCGCCGCAAAAUCUUUGUUCGUGAGGUCCUAAUGUUGGGAUCGACAGUCUUGGCUAUGUCAGCCCUUGCAGACCGCUACUUUUAUAAGGUCUGGACCUUUCCACCUCUAAGUUUCCUGCAAUUCAAUAUCGUCCAGUCGUUAGCCGUUUUCUAUGGCCGGAACGAUUGGCAUUACUACGCAACGCAAGGCUAUCCGCUCCUCCUUUUGGGAUAUCUCCCCUUCGCCAUUUGUGGUCUCUACUUAACAUUGACGACCCGCGCCUCCACGGCCACUGACGAAUUGCAAACCUCAAUUCGAGUCCAGUUGGCGACGGUAUGCUUAUUGAUGCCAUUCGCGCUCUCCUUCAUCUCGCACAAGGAAGUGCGCUUCAUCUACCCAUUGCUGCCCUCACUACACAUUUUGGCUGCGGCGCCCCUUGUACGAUUUUUCUGGCCAGCUUUCUUCUCAUAUGGCGCUCACUUCACCCCCCGGAGACUCAUAUUUCUCUUCAUCGUGCUUGCACACUUGGCAGUUGCGCUGUACACAACUACCCGCCAUGCCUCGGGAGUGAUUGAAGUCAUGACCUACCUUCGCCAGCAACAUGACCUCCACGCUGCCUCGACCAAAACCUUCUAUGGCGUGAACUACGAGCCCAAGCCAUCAACGAGCGGCAUCACAGCGGGCUUCCUCAUGCCCUGCCAUAGUACCCCUUGGCGCUCGCAUCUGAUAUACCCAACCAUCGACGCGUGGGCCCUCUCUUGCGAACCACCCAUCAAUCUCAACGAAACCCAAAGAGCCGUGUACCGGGAUAAUGCUGACCAGUUCUACGAUGACCCGAAACAUUAUCUCCAGGAUAACAUGGCUGGCGGUCUUCGUUACUUCCCUACUCGCCCAAGUGCCAACACGGGGCCCCAGUUCUACACAUCGUACUCAGGCAGAGGUCCUAAGAAGCUUAACGAAUGGCCCGAUUACCUCAUAUUUUUCGCGCAGCUCGAACCCACUCUCAAGGACCUUCUAAGAAGCUCUUCAUAUAGUGAAUGUCAGCGUAUCAUGAACUCAGACGCUCACGACGACUGGCGCCGACGCGGCGACGUCGUAGUCUGGUGCGUCAACGGAGCCGAACAAGACAAAUGGCGCGUACAGACUCAAAAGAAGCGCCUGGCAAAGGCUUCCGCAGAUUCUGCCAAGCGCGUCGCGCGCAUCCUUGAGGCCAUGAAAAGCGAACCCCCUGUCAGCGAUUGCAGAAAUUGGCCGUGGAGUAGUAGCUCGCCUUCCCUUUCUGAAGCUAUCUUGAGCAAGUUUGCUCGCCGUCAACCGAGUACAUGGGAGAAGGCUGUUUCUUGGGUUUCGUCUAGUUUGCCUCGUUCGUUGGGUGGUAAACCGGGUACAUCCAAGAAGAAGAGACAGCUCUCUGAGCGUGAGUUAUGGUCUUGA